AUGUCCAUCGAAAGCACAGCUAGUGAUGCUGUUCUCAAGGAGAUCUUGGAGGGGCUUAAGGCGUUGCGAACCGAGAACUCCGUACUAGCAGCAUCCGUUGAUAAGAUCAAUGGCCGCGUGAACAUGCUGGCUGGUAUUAAGCAGUUGAAGGAUGAGGCUGCCAGUGAGGCAGCCAUUGACACUCUGAACGGGAAGAAGGCAGAGGAAGCUGAAUCAGGCAAGACCGUAGAAGCUGUUAGCCAGCAAUACGAGCAGCCACCUGCCAAUGUUGAUGCACCCCCUCGUCGAGCAAGCGUCUCGAAGACUUCCAAAAUCAUCUUGACGUCGUAUCCUGGUCAGGCUGGUGUUGAUCCAUUGCCAAUGGAAUGGGGUGCCAAAGAUCCUGCUGUCCGUGGGCCUGUCGUGGUGUCAAGGCAUGCAAACACCAUUCGUAGGCGUAACGCUGUCGGCGCUCACGGAGGUUCAUAUUCAAUCUACAAUGCGCUCGCUGUAGCAAGCAAGAACCUCGACAUCACUCACAAGCCGGACUUCACGAACACCGAGCCUGCCGCAAAGAUUGGACCCUUUCCACAAUGGAGCGACCCCAAGAAGAUUGUGGCCAUGGAUCCGUAUGGCCAUCUUGCACCAUGGUUGUACAAAGAGACAAUGGACAAGGACGAUGUCGAGAUUAGACCUACGAUUGCCAUCACAAGGGCGCAUAUGAAAUUGCCCGAACUCGAGGAAAGCGUAAGAAAAGGCCGCCUCGUUCCCGAUGGUAAGAUCUGCGUGAAUGAGACGGGUGAGGUUGCUGUGACCAAGGUUGCUGUUGAGCCUGUGUGGUACCUCCCGGGAGUGGCUGAGCGCUUCAAUAUCGAUGAGGGAACUCUUCGACGAACCCUCUUCGAAGAGACAGGCGGUUCAUACCCCGAAUUGAUCACCCGUCACGACAUCAAACUUUUCCUCCCUCCCAUCGGCGGUCUAACAGUAUACAUCUUUGGCGACCCUGCCAAAAUGUCUGAUCCCUCUGCCAAACUCGCCCUACGUGUCCACGAUGAAUGCAACGGCAGCGACGUCUUCGGCUCCGACAUCUGCACUUGCCGUCCUUAUCUAACCUUCGGUAUCGAAGAAGCCGUCAAGGAAGCUCAAAAAGGCGGCAGCGGCGUCGUCAUCUAUUUCCGCAAAGAAGGUCGUGCACUUGGAGAGGUGACCAAGUACCUCGUAUACAACGCGAGGAAGCGUGGAGAGGAUAGAGCAAGCGAGUACUUCAAAAGAACAGAAAAUAUUGCGGGGGUUAAGGAUAUGCGGUUUCAGGCGCUUAUGCCUGACAUCUUGCAUUGGUUGGGUAUCACGAAAAUUGACAGGAUGCUGAGUAUGAGCAACAUGAAGCAUGAUGCUAUCGUUGACCAAGGUAUCCCGAUUCACGAGCGCGUUCCGAUCCCCGACGACAUGAUUCCGGCAGAUAGCCGUGUUGAGAUUGAUGCUAAGAUCCAGGCUGGUUACUUUACGACUGGCCAUGUCAUGUCCAUGGACGAGUUGGCGAACGUAAAGGGCCGUGGUUGGGAAGACAUCGAUGUACGUGGGAUGAUUUCCUUUCUUAUUUGCUCGGUGACGAAAGCUGACUCCAAUCACAGCAUUAAACCAUGA